AUGGCAUUGCCUAAUGAUAAUAUUGAGGAGAAAACUACACAAGUAUUGUCUAGUCAUGCACACAUAUUGAACCUUUCAUUAAGCUUCAUCAACACCAUGUCACUCAAAUGUGCAAUUCAACUUGGAAUACCAGAUAUCAUUCAUAGUUAUGGCCGAGCCAUGACCCUAUCCGAUUUAGUAAACACUCUCUCUAUCAACAAAUCAAGAGGUCAGAAUUGUGUUUAUCGUCUCAUGCGUAUUCUAAUUCAUGCUGGCUUAUUUAUUGAAGAAGAAGAGGGUUAUUUACUUACUCCGAAUUCACGUCUCCUCCUUAAAGAUGAGCCUUUGAGCUUAGUCCCCCUUGUAUAUUCUGGACUAGAUCCAAAUUCAAUGGAUCCGUUUCUCUAUCUUAGCCAAUGGUUCCAAAAUAAUGACUCUUGUACUCCAUUUGCGAGUAUUUAUGGCAAGUCUCUCUAUGAAUACGCUGAGAAGGAACCGAUACUUAACCAUCUAUUAAACGAAGGCAUGUCUAGUGAUGCCCGUUUGGUCAUGAGUGUGUUGAUUCAAAAUGGUAAGGGACUACUUUUUGAAGGGUUGAAAUCGUUGGUGGACGUUGGAGGGGGAACUGGAACCGUAGCUAAAGCUAUUGCGGAUGCAUUUCCACAAAUAAAUUGCACUGUCUUUGAACUCCCUCAUGUAAUUGAAGGGCUUGAAGGAAGCAAGAACCUGAACUUUGUGGGAGGAGAUAUGUUUAACUCCAUUCCUUGUGCCGAUGCAGUUUUGCUUAAGUGGAUAUUACAUAAUUGGGAGGACGAAGAUUGUAUAAAAAUAUUGAAGAAAUGUAAAGAAGCAAUUCCAAGUAAGGAGAAUGGAGGAAGAGUAAUCAUCAUUGAAAUAGUGAUGGAUCAGAACAAAGACGACAAGUCAUAUGAAACUCAACUUUUCUAUGACAUGCUUAUGAUGGUUCUUCUUGGUGGAAAAGAAAGAAGUGAACAAGAAUGGGCUAAACUUUUCAUUGAUGCUGGUUUUAGUGACUACAACAUCAUUCCUAUACUGGGAUUAAGAAGUGUUAUUGAGGUUUUCCCUUAA